GAAACUCUCUCUCUCUCUCUCUCUCUCUCUCUCUCUCUUUCACCAUGGCGGCGGAGAAGAAGCGGAAGAGCAACAAGAAGAAGAACCCUAGCGUCUCCAAAACCCUAACUCUAGAUCGGGCGAUGAAGACGAAGGGCGGGGCGAAGAGGGCGAAGGGGGGAGAUAGGAAGAAGAAGAGGCACGGCCCCCGCCUCCCCGCUGCGCUCCUCAAGGAGCUCGCGGUCCAAAACCCUAGCCCUAGCCGUUCCUCCGACGAGGAGGUGGAUGAUGAUUAUGCGGGGGGUGAUCGCGGGGCGGACGUGUACGAGUACGAUGAGCCGGUGCCGGAGGAGGAGGCGAGGAAGAACCGCCGAUUCGACGAGGUGGAGAAUUACGAGUAUGAGCUCCCUGAGGAUUUUGAGGAUGAGGAUGUGCCCUCCGAUGAAGGCGAGGAGGAUGAGGAGAUCACCUCCAACCGAUCGGAUGAUGAUGGCGAAGAAGGGGAGAAGCAUCUGAGGAUGCUUCAGGAGGUUACUGGCAUGCCUGCAGAAGCUUUUGAUGAUAAGAAAAAGAAGAAGAAGGUUACUUUAUCAGAUUUUCAAGGGGACGACGGUGAUCAGCGGAUCAGUAUUCAUGAUCUUUUGGAUAGUAUUCGUGGAAUGACUGGGUAUAGUGAGCUGAGGAAGAGAGUAGAGCAGCAGGAGAGUAAGCCCAUGGCAGUUCAGGUCCCACUUCCCAAAGUGGAGAGGGAGAAGUUGGAGAGGAAGUUCGCGUACGAGCACGCUAAAAAGGACAUCACAAAGUGGGAGCCAUUGGUAAAGAGGAACCGAGAGGCCCCAACUCUACUUUUUGAGCAGGAUGUGGACUUGGGUUUCUCGACGGUUGGGGCGAUUGCUUCUCAGUUUGAGCCUAGGACGGAGUUCGAGAGGAAGAUGGCUAAGCUAGUCCGUGAUCCGGAAAUGGUGGAAGCCUAUAAUAAAGAUGGCGCAAGACUCCUGGAGCUUAAUGAGGUCUCUGUUGAGGAUGUCAAAGAACGUCAAAACCGUCUUGCUAAAAUGCGUAGCCUCCUUUUUCGUCACGAGAUGAAGGCAAAGCAUAUUAAGAAAAUCAAGUCCAAGACAUAUCACCGAAUAUUGAAGAAAGAAAAGCUGAAGGCAGCGUCAGCUGAACUGCAGGUGGAUCCCGAAGUCGCUAAAGAAUAUGCUAUGAAGCAGGAGUUCAAACGUGCUGAGGAAAGAAUGACUUUGAAGCACAAGAACAGUUCGAAAUGGGCAAAACGAAUCUUACAGCGUGGAUUAAAUGUACAAGAUGAAGGCACUCGUGCUGCUAUAGCAGAGCAACUUCAUCAGCACGCACUGUUGACAAGAAAAAUGAAUUCCAUGAAGGACGAUACCAGUAGCAGUGAUGAAAGUACUGAUAAUGAGGAUCUUGAUGAAGAACUUUCACCUGGGAAAGACGAUGAAAGGGUUUCCAAGCUUCUAAAUAGAGCCAAAGACAAAACGGUUAAGGUCCUUGAAGAGGAGGACAAGAUACCAAAAUCAGGAGUCCUCGCAUUGCCCUUCAUGGAGCGUGGUUUAAAAAAGCGGCAAGAGGCAGCUUAUGAAGAAGCUCGGCUAGCUCUUCAAGAAUAUGAUGCAUCCUUGAGGCAGUUUGAGGAUGGUGAUGUGGAAGAAUCCCAAAGAUCAUUGAAAAUAAAGGGGAAGAGAGCCUUUGGUCCUAAGAAUCAGCCUCAAGAGUCUAAUAAGAGGACGAAGUUAGAUGAUGUUGAGAGAAGUAGCGAUAGUGAAGACGAGUACGAGGCCGCUGAACAAGCUCGUGUUGGUUCUGAAUUAAAUAACAAGUCAGAUGAGGUCCAUCUUGGAACUGCUCUGCUUGAUGAUGAACCGGAAACAGCGCAGGGUGCUGUAUUCAAGAGUAUGGAUGACAUUGUUAACAAUCCAGGGCCCAAAACAACAUAUGAAGUUGCACUUUUCACUGAUAAUUCCUGGAAAAAGAUGAAAAGCAAGGGAGUAAGCGGCAAUAACACCGAGUCUACAGCAGCUAAGGAUCCUCCUAAGCCUAAUAAUGAUAUGAAGGAAAUGGAUGAAAACGAUGAUUCGGACUCUGAGGAGGAGAUGGUGGAGGGGUUCCUGUCUACUUCUGACGGAAAAGCCAAUUAUGAGCUCCCAUCACAAGCUGUUCUCAUACAUCAGGCGUUCGCUGGUGAUGAUGUCGAAGCAGAGUUUGAGAAGGACAAGAUGGAGGCCCUUAACGAGGAGGUCCCUGAACCCGAAAAGCCAGUUCUACUCCCCGGGUGGGGCCAGUGGACCCACAUCCAACAGAAGAAAGGAUUGCCUUCUUGGAUGAUCAAGGAGCACGAAAAUGCUGAAAGGAAGAGGGAAGAGGCCCUUAAGAAGAGGAAGGAUGCGAAGCUCAAGCAUGUUAUUAUUUCAGAAAAUAUAGAUAAAAAGGCUGAGAAGCUUCUGGCGACGACCUUGCCUUUCCCUUACAAAUCUAAGGAGGUUUAUGAGCAGAGUAUUCGAAUGCCCAUAGGACCCGAGUUCAAUCCAGCAAUAUCGGUCCAAGCGCUCAAUCGACCUGCUAUUGUGAAAAAGGCCGGUGUUAUCAUCAAGCCGAUACAGUACGAGGAGGUGGAUCCUCAUGAAAAACCGGACGAGCCGAAACGGAUUAUUCAGAAAGCUGAGCCAAAUCGAAAAGGAAAGAAAUCAAAGAAAUCAAAGCCGGCCGGCGGAAAGAAACCCCAGAAACCAUCAGCAGAAAAGAGGAUCAGGUGACGUCUUCAUCUUCUUCACAUUAUUUGUUAGUUGAUUAAUAAUUUGAGGUUCAUGGAGAACAAGCAUGAGCAAAGAGAGAAUGCGAGUAGUAAGUCUUUGCCUGGCAGAGAUUAUGUUCUACUCAACUAUUUUCUAGCAGACGGCAGCAGGUGAGGAUUGCGUUUUAAUUUAAAACCCCGGAAGUUGUCGGUCGGGGAGGAAGAGAGUUUUUUUUUUUUGAAAAAAAAAA